AUGGAAUUAAACUCAAAUCCCAUCCUCCGCAAAAAGUUCGUAUCACCAUUAACGAACUAUAACCCUUCUCAAGAAAAAACUGAGCAUAAAACAAUUGGAGUGAAGAGAUCAAUUAUAAACACAAACAGCUUGCUAUCAAGAUCUCUAAUUGACACUGAAAAAUCUAAGGAAUUUAAAAGAAAGGAUGAAUGUUAUAACAAUGAAAAAGAAAUUGAAGAACCCAGCCUUAAUGAAAAAAUUAAGAAACAUACAAAAAUAAACUGAAGAAAUAAUCAAAAAAAAGAUAUUGAAAUCAUUGAGAUUGCUUCAUCUAGAACUUCUUUAAAUAAUCAGCCAAUAAUUAAACCUGCACAAAGCGAGAAAGAAUUUAAAGAGCCAGAUUUGUUAAAUAAGAUCGAAAGCAAAGAAAUUAUUGUAAUCGAAUCAAAGGAAAACUCCCAAUUUAAUACAAGCUUUCAAAAGAUGCAGAGCACAGAUAAAAAUUUUGAUUCAACAGAGUCUAUUAUUUUAAAAAAAGACGAAAAUGUAAAGCCUUUUACUGAAAUUGAUUUGAAUCAAUCCAAAUUAUGAGAUUUAUAUAACCCCUUCAACUCUCUCGAGCCAAAUCUUCCAGCUUGUGAAACUAAAGCACCCGUUCAGCCCUUAGAAAACAAAGCAAUUUUGCCCAAAAAAUACCACCAACUAAAGCUUGGCUUAAACCCUCCCACCUCUAAAACUGAUCUUCAGCAGUCCCAAAUCACUGAUACUUACUAUUCUGUUAUGUUCACACGAGCUUGCAAAAAAAAGAAAAAAUCAUAUGAAGACGGAAUUCUUAUUCUUUCUAUGAAAUGCUUUUUUCUUCAGGAUUCAGAAGGGAAAAAAAUUAUAGAAAAGCCAAAUCUCAGUAAAUGCCGAGCUCUAAGAGAUAGCCAAGUCAUCACUCUAGGAAACUAUGAAGUAGAGGUACAAAAUCAAAUUACAUAUGAAGAUUUUGCAUCAGGAAGGUGCUUUUUUAAUAAGCCUCCUCCUGUAAAUCCAAAUUAUCACGCAAUUAAAAAUGAAGAACGAAAAGAAUUUACAAUCCCUGAAGGGGCAUUAAUAUUAGACGCUGAAAAUAACGUUUAUGUUGAGAAAUUUCUUGCACAGCAUUUAAGACAGCACCAAAAAGAAGGUAUUCAGUUUAUGUAUGAUUGCAUUACAGGAAAAAGAGAAAGCGGUUAUUUUGGCUGUAUUCUUGCAGACUCUAUGGGGCUUGGUAAAACUCUUCAAUCAAUUGCUCUUCUUUAUACAGUGCUUAGAAAAGACAGCCCAUAUAAAAAAAUCGCUAAUAAAGGUAUAAUAGUUGCUCCUUCAAGCUUGCUUAAUAACUGAAGAGAUGAAAUUUAUAAAUGACUAGGUCCGCUUAAGCUUUGCCCAGUAGUCUGUGCAGGGACUAAGCAUGAAAAUGAAAACUCCUUAAAAGUAUUCGAAAAAGGCCAGGCUGCAUUAUUAGUUAUUUCUUAUGAAUCCUUCAGAAACCAUGCUGCAAGGUUGAAUAAAGCUUGUGAUAUUAUUGUAUGUGAUGAAGGACAUAGGUUGAAAAACCUUCAAAUUAAAACUACAAAGGCGAUACAUGAUUUAGAUUGCAAAAAAAGAAUUCUUUUGACAGGAACACCUCUACAAAAUUCAUUAUCAGAAUUUUAUGCUUGUGUCUCGUUCGUAAACCCUGGGAUACUUGGAACUAUGCAAGCUUUUAAUAGAUUAUUUACCGAACCAAUAUUGAAAGGUCAAGACCCUGGAGCCUCUGAGUUUAUUAAAGAGUUAGCGUGGGGUAGAUCAUCAGAGCUAUGCCGAGUUACAUCAAAAUUUAUUUUAAGAAGAACCGGGUCUUUGUUAGAAUCACUCCUACCGCCUAGAAAUGAAUAUUUAGUAUUCUGUAAGGCCACUGCAUUGCAGCAAAAAGUGUAUUUAGCAUAUCUUACAUCAAAACUUGCAUACACAACUUUGGAAACAGGAAACUCAGGAAAUGCACUAUCACUUAUUACUUCUUUAAGAAAAAUUGUGAAUCAUCCUGAUUUGCUUUAUUUUCAUCCUCCAAAAUCUCCUGAACUAUUAGAAGCGUGGCAUACAGCAAUGAAUAUAUUUCCGAUAGAUUAUAGAAGUGAAGGAGAAAGAGCAUUAUUUUCUAGCAAAAUGAUGUUUUUCGACACCAUUGCAAAACUUUCUGCUGAGGCAAAUGAUAAGAUUGUUGUUGUUUCAAAUUUUUCCAAGACACUUGAUGUGGUUCAAUCUUUAUGUGAAAGGAGAGAAUAUACAUAUCUUAGACUUGAUGGAGCUACAAAUGUGAAAAAGAGACUUGAUUUAGUUAAAGAGUUUAAUUCAGAAAAAUCAAAUAUUCUUAUCUUUCUUCUUAGCUGCAAAGCAGGAGGAUGCGGGCUUAAUUUGAUUGGCGCUAAUAGAUUAAUAUUGUUUGAUCCUGACUGGAAUCCAAGUAAUGAUAAGCAAGCUAUGGGACGCAUAUGAAGGGAUGGCCAAAAAAAGCCUGUUCACAUUUAUAGAUUAUUCUGCUCAGGAACUAUUGAAGAAAAGAUAUACCAAAGACAAACUGCAAAAGAGAAGCUUUCAUCUGUAAUCAUUGACGCAAAAAAUAUCACUUCUAGUUUUUCUAAGGAAUAUUUAAAAGAGGUUUUUACAUUAAGCAAUAAAUGUGAAUCAUUUGAAAAUGGAGACGAUGCUAAUGCUUUAGAAUUUAAAGAUUCAUUUUUGAGUUGCACAAACCACGUUGUGGAUUUAAUUAAGCUGAAUUUGCCUGAUUGGAAUGAAGAGGUGGUUGAAGAAGAAUUAGAUUUUAAAGAAGCAAAAAUAGGUGACAAUAAAAGAAAGUUGGAGGAUGAGGAAAGUGACGAAGGUGUAGAAAAACGAAUUAAGACAGAGGUAAAUUAA